AUGCAAGCUUCGGAAUAUAUACAAGCACCACCAGCCCAGGAGCAGCAACCGUUAUUUACCGAGCUGAGUGAAGUGGCAUCUAUUGGAAGCAAUGGAUCGAUUCUCUUCGCUACGGACGAUUGGUUUGCUCCGGCCGAAUGGAUGCUGAAGGAUUCGGAGCCUGUAUUUCGCCCUGACGAGUACACAUCCUUUGGGAAAUGGAUGGACGGUUGGGAAACGCGACGUAAACGUACCCCAGGGCACGAUUGGUGCAUAGUCGAGCUUGGUGCCCCUACGCAGAUUGCCGGUUUUUUGAUUGACACUGCCUUUUUCACCGGUAACUAUGUGCCACGUGUGUCCAUCCAGGGUGGUACGUUGGACGAAACGAUGAAGCGUAUGCUGCAGUCUUCUAUUCCUCGUCAGCUGGCAUGCGAUGGUGAUGCAAACAUCGGUACCGGGCGAACGAUGGAAGAACUGGGAAUGAUGGAGCUGAUCGGAACAGAUCACUGGGAUGUGUUGUUGCCGCGCACAGAGCUAAAGCCGGGAUACGAGCAAACUCGCAGACAGUAUUUCAUCGUACCGAAAGGAAAGCAAUCACUAGUCGUCAAACAUUUACGUGUUAACAUGUUUCCGGAUGGUGGGAUCGCACGUUUGCGUGUCUACGGGACGGUGACACUAAACGAGAGUGACAAUUUGCCUGCAAAUAAACCGAUCGACGUGAUCGCCAUGCUGAACGGUGGCCGUUGUACUGGAUUCUCCAACGCUCAUUAUGGCCAUCCACGUAAUUUGAUUAAACCCAACAAUGGUAUCAAUAUGGGCGAUGGUUGGGAGACGGCACGUCGGCUUGAUCGACCACCUGUUUUGCGGGUGGAUGAUGUGGGAAUUCUACAAGUACCCGGGAGCGAAUGGGCCACCUUUCAGCUGGGUACGCCGGAUGGAUGCUGGGUGGAGCGUAUAUGCAUCGACACGAAACACUUCAAGGGAAACUUUCCUGAUAACGUCAGUGUAGAAUAUGCAUGCAAAAGUAAACAGGAUUUGUGGAUGCCGCUGAUGGAAAGGAAAAAAUUGGGACCUGAUCGGAUGCACGAAUUUGGUUCUGCAGAUUUGCUGCCUCAAAGGAAUACUGCCUCGUUCGUACGCAUCACCAUUGCACCGGAUGGGGGACUUUCGAGAGUUCGCAUUUUUGGAACGAUAGGAAGAGAAUAG